AUGGACUUGCGGCUGCUUGGGGCGCUCGGGGCGCUGCUGUGCGUCUGCUGCAGCAUCGAGGAGGGCUCAGCUUAUACGUUCAGGACUUUCAUGGGCGCGGAAAUUGCCACAACUGCGAUCUCGAGCAGCGCGGUCGUGCAGCGUCCGUGCGAGUGUCGCGCGCUGUGCCGGGACGGAUGCGUCGCGGUAGCCAUCAGGCGUCAGCCACCACGCAACUUCCACUGCUCCUUCACUGAAAAAACCAUCGCUGAUGCCACCACCAAUCUUAUGGUCCCUGCUUCCGACAGCAGAGUUUUCUACAAACGCCUUGUUUGCCGGGCCAACUUCACGCUCGUGGACAACGUGGGCUGCAUUUACGUCUCCACCGUCGCACUGAACUUCACCGCCGCCGCCGCGUCCUGUCCCUUCGACUCCCAACUCUUCGCCGCCAACUUCCUCAUCGACUUCGAUGCCAUGCGGGAAUAUCUUUUGACGAACUUCACUACCUCGGGCACGUUCUUUUGGAUUGGCCUGAUCCAUGCUCCGGACUCCACUUGGCAAUGGCUCGGAGGCGGAACCAUCGCAGCCACUCACCCAUCACCAUACUGGGGUCAAUACGACCCAAAUGAGCCAGCUACAGUGCCCAGCUGUGGGGCAAUGUUACUCAAUCCUGGACUGAGUUACUUGUAUCAUCUGGCCGAUGCAUCUUGUACCAAAGCCUACAAGUUUCUGUGUAAGCAGAUUUGAAUUCAAUGGCUUAAAAAUACAUUACUUCGCCUCUUUUGACAUCAAAUGACCAAUAAAUAUGCUUAUUCUGGCGCAAAUCCUUUAAAUUAUCAGAGUUUAUUGCAUACCUGCUCUUCUUAGUAAACAGUAAAAAGCAAAAAUUAGACCGCUGAUACGACAUCAAGACCUCCAGCAUUAAAUAUUGAAUGAAUUUAUGUGUAACACUUGCAACAGGUUUAUCGCUGUUUCUCCUAUAUCAGUGAAUAAAUAGGCUUUAUUUAUAGUAAAUCAUCGCUGCAGUGGAAUCGGAAUUCCUGACACGCAUUCACAAUCUCCGUUUCGUACCCUGAAUUUCCGGUCAAGGCGACAUUUCCCUGAUCCCGUUAAUUACUUCGCAUUACCACAGAAUGUGGGGCAUGACUGUAUUUACGAGGUGAUGCAUUGGCGGCUUGAGUUAGAGACUCAAGCUGCUGAAUUUCGUUUACUUAUUAAUCAUAAGUCAUUAGGACGCACGCAUUGGCCUGCGAUGCGUUACAAUCCUACCAUCUUCAAGUUAAUCCCUACAAAUGUCUCCAUAUUUCAGUUGACAUUAGAUUGAAUUUCGAUCUUGUAGAAG